CUCCCCCCCCCCCCUCUCCCCCCCGGAGCUCGUCCUCUGCGGCUCUACUGUCUUUGUGUGGCAGGGCAGGGGAAUAGAAACCGUCCGAUUACCAGCGUGGAAAAUGUCCGAGGUCAACAUCGCAAAGCGCAAGGAGAAGUGUGAGAACUGCACCAAACAGUGCAACAAGAAACAGAGUGAUGAAGGUGCCAACUCGCAGCAGGAGAAGAGCGAUGAAGUCAACGGACAGAUGAAUGAAGGCUCCCACAUGUUGCUGAGUGCCUGUCUUUCCUGUGAUGGCUGCGUCUCAGAGGAGGAGACCCUCAAGAUCUCUCGGCAGAGCCUGGAGGAACUGGAGCGUGCUCUCGCACUAAAUAAGAAGUGUGACGCGUCGAAGCACAAGGUGGUGGUGGCCUCGGUUUGUCCGCAGUCCCUGCCCUUCUUCGCCGCCAAGCUCGGUGUGGACAUCAAUGAAGCUGCCAACAAACUCUGUGGCUUCCUCAAGAGCCUGGGAGUAAAGUACGUGUUUGACACCACUCUGGCGGCAGGCUUCAGCAUCUUAGAGAGCCAGAAGGAGUUCAUUCAGAGGUAUCGCAGGAGGCACCACGACGCCCAUGCCUUGCCCAUGUUCACCUCCUCCUGCCCAGGGUGGAUCCGUUAUUCAGAGUGUGUCCUGGGAAGUUUGGUCACCCCUCAUAUCUGCACAGCCAGGUCUCCUCAGCAGAUCAUGGGCUGUCUGGUCAAAGACUAUUUCUCAAAGCAGCAGAAGCUGAGUCCAGAGAAGGUGUACCACGUCGUGGUGGCUCCCUGCUUCGAUAAGAAGCUGGAGGCCGUCAGAGAGGAGUUCUACAACAGCCUGCUGGAGACCAGAGACGUGGACUGUGUCCUCACCUCAGGGGAGAUCUAUUACCUAAUGGAGAAGAUGAAGGUUUCAGUGGAUGAGCUGGACUCUGUUCCACUGGAUCAAGUGCUGGGAGACGCAGGAGAGGGGGCGCUGGUGAGGCACGAAGGUCGAGGCUCUGAAGGUUUCCUGGAGCAUGUGUUCAAACAUGCCGCCAAAGAGCUCUUUGGUCUGGACGUCCAUGAGAUCACCUACAAGAGCCUCAGGAACCGGGACUUUCAGGAAGUGACCUUGGAGCGAGACGGAGAAAUUCUGCUGCAGUUUGCUGCCAUCUAUGGUUUCAGGAACAUCCAGACCCUGGUUCACCGCAUGAAGAAGGGCCGUGUGCCAUACCAGUUGGUGGAGGUGCUGUCCUGUCCAGGAGGGUGCCUGAGCGGCCGCGGUCAAGCAGAGACCGAUUCAGGGGGACAUGUGGACAAAGCCCUUGUCCAGAUGAUGGAGGACACCUACAGCAGCCUGCCAGUGCGUCUCCCCGAGGUCAACCCCACCCUGUACACCCUGUAUCAAGAAUGGCUGCAGGGCCAGGACUCCUCAGAGGCCAACACGCUGCUGCACACCCAGUACAGAAACCACACUCAGACACACGCACAGCCACCACACAUGCAGUGGUGAGAACGAUGGACUCGAUUUAUGAAGGAGGUUGAAUGAGAUCCGCCUCCGCAGGGUUACCGAUUCUGCUUGGACCAUCCCAAAGCCGAAGACAACGCUGCACUAUGGACCAGUGAGGGAGAGGGAAGUCUCCGUGGACUUAAUUCUUCCAUUUGGCCACAAGGGCGUGAUGGUGGAUCACCUGUAGUAAGCUUGAGCCUGUGGAGAAAUCAGGUUCAAGAGUCCGGAAAAACCCCAACUUUCAUUUCAUGUAAACUGUAGCGGCGAUCACAAUAAGCUGUUGAGAUAAUGGCUGAUGAUAAGAAAUAUUAUAAAAACUGGCACCUGAUGCAAGGGAUGAACUAUUUAUUUAAAUAUACAAAGCAAUAAGCCACUGCGAAAAGCAUGUAAGAAGCUUUUAGCACAACUGGAGCUCAUGACCUGAACUUGUGGAUAGUGAAUGUGCAUCUGAAGAGUCUAAUGAUCCAAAUCCCAAACGUCCAACAUGAAACAUGCUUGUUUUACUUUGUGUUAAGUCGUCGUCACUGUCCCUCACUGAAACACCACACAGCGUGUUCUCAGAUAACAUUGAUGGCUAUGCAAUUGUGAUCGUCUCAUGCCAACACAGUACCUGGUUCGUACCAAUGAGGGGAGUGUAAUUAUUUUUUAAUGGUACAAAAAAUGUCAUUUGUAUUGUCAUUUUGUCAUUGCCAUUCCACUAACUAUUAUUUUUGCUAUAUGUUCUUGGUUUUACGAGAUGAAACUGUCGGGUCAUACAGGUGAAGAACUAAAAAAGAAUCAAGAGAAACAUAAAGUGUUGUGUCGUUUUUUUUUUAUAUGAUGAAGCCUCUGCUUCCUGUAGAGUUUAGAUUUAAAUGUAAAAACGUUUGAGGUCAAACCCAGGUGAAGGUGCAAGGCCAAAAACAGCACCAUCAAUUGCCAUCAUUCAACUCAUUCAUUCAAAACAAGUGUGAGUCAGAACAGGUUUUUACUGAUCAGUACUGCAGAUCCUUUGAUCUCAACAGGACGCCGAAACACUGCAUUUACAAUUGGGCACAUUAAACUUAUAACCAUAAUGUUAUAUUAGCUACCUUCUAUGAGUGUGUCUCUUCAGUCCAUAUGCAGGAGUUAUUUUAAUCUGCUCAGGUUAAACUAUGGAUAAGUCACAACCCGGUAUUUCGCAAAAUAAAUUGGAAAUACUUCAAAAUGAAUUGGUCAACAUGCUUAAAUACUUUCUUGCUAAGAGUGAUGUCAGUACCUAGAGUGAAGCUGUCAAGAAGUCAAUACACUUGCCAUAAACACUGGGGUUGUGUUGAAAUGGCUGUUUGUCACCUCGGAAGUCCAAGUUCACUAGGUGGAAUGUUGAAACAGAUUGUGAUAAGUAUGUGACGUGAUGGAAAUAUCUCCUUGUACCUGUCACUUUAACACCUUGAGGUUAAUUCAUCUGCUGCUGAUGUCUCUCCUGAACCUUGCUCUUCAGCGGAAGAGAAGAGUUGGAUGGUGACACCAAGCACAUUUUAAACACAGAAAAAGUUUCUAAUUUACUGUACUGUUCCCAGCUGCUGGGAUGUGAAUGUUCACAUUUUUAUUUAUACCCUUAAAACCCAACCAGUCCAUUGAAAUACAGCCCUGUGCUAAAUCCUACCAUUUUACAUAUGUUGAUUCAACAUUAUAUUUAUUAUUACUUUUAUAAUUUUUAUUUCUCUAUUUUUACUCUAUUUGUUUUUAUUAUUCUGGUGUUUUGUUUUACUCUGAUUAUUCAUGUGUUUUAUUAAGAUUAAGAUACAUUAAGAUACAUUUAUCUAUCCCAAACACUUGCACAGACAUGCACAGGCACACUUGGUUUUACGAGAUGAAAACUGUCGGGUCAUACAG